AUGUAUACAGAUGCCCUCCUUCAGUCUCCAGCAGCAGUGCUCGGCAUAACAUCAGUGGCGCUUCUGAUCGGAUACAUCCUUACGCAAGCGAUACAACGUCGAUUCUUCCACCCGUUCAGUCAUGUACCAGGCCCGUGGCUCAAUAGCAUUUCAGAAAUACCAGCUGCAUUCCACCUCGUCAACGGAGAGCAGCAUCUUUACUAUCGGUCUCUGCACGAGAAAUAUGGCCCUGUGGUUCGCGUCUCGCCUGACGAGCUGAGUUUUGUCAGCGUAGAGGCGCGGGACGAGAUAUAUGGCCACCGAAAGGCAGGUCUAAUGGAGAAGAGUCCCAUCUUUCUUGGCGCGGUGGGACAAGUCAACGGAGAGACCGGUGUGAGUCUUGCACUGAACGCAGAACACACCAGACAGCGUCGGGCAAUAGGGUACAUCUUCACAAACAGCGCCCUACUCCAGCACGAGAGCAUAGUACGGCGCCAUAUACACAAAUGGAUCAAUGUACUGCGUGAUGCGGCUAAUGGAGCCCGCCCCCUCGACUUCUCUGACUGGUACACAUACCUCGCCUUCGACAUCAUGGGCGACCUCUGCUUCGCCGAGCCCUUUGGCUGCCUCGACCAAGCCUCCGCAACAUCCUGGUCCACAUCCGUCAUCAAGGUCUUCGUCGCAGCAACCUGGACCCAAGCCAUCCGCCGCAUCACGGGCGUCGGCACCACGCUCGAGACAAUCCUCACAAAGCUCCUCAUCCCUCGCAGAGCAGCCGAAUGGCGGCUCACGCACCUCGCAAACUCCAAGGAGAAAACCCUGCGUCGUCUCGCCGACCCAGACCGCGACCAUCCGGACUUCACAUACCAAAUCCUGCACAGCGAGUCGAAGAAAAGCCUCUCGCACACCGAAGUAAUCCUUAACAUGGGCCUUUUCAUCAGCGCGGGCACAGACACCACGGCGACGGCAUUGGCCGGCUGGACGUAUUUCGUAUGCACACAUCCAGACGUGUACGCGCGCUUGACGGGUGAGAUCAGAAGCGCGCUCGCCGAUGAAACGGCGAUCAUAUGGACGAAUGUGCGCCAUCUGCGCUAUCUCGAAGCCACCAUCAAAGAGGCACUCCGGCUAUUCCCUCCCUCGGGCGCGAGUCAGCAGCGGAUUGUGCCGGUAGGCGGAGCGGUGAUCGACGGCUACCACAUCCCCGCGGGGAAGACAGUCGCCGUAUCGCCCUGGGCAUCGACUCGUUCCUCUCUCAAUUUCCACGAGCCAGACGCUUUUAUGCCGGAGAGGUGGCUGGGCACACACGAGAGGUUUGCCAAUGACCGACUUGCUGCGUCGGUGCCGUUUGGGAACGGGCCGAGGGUCUGCGUGGGCAAGAAUUUGGCGUACAUGGAGAUGCAGCUUGUGGUGGCGCACCUGUUGUGGAAUUUUGAUAUUGAGCUUGAUAGGGGACUGUUUGUGGAUCGGAAUCGUGUCUGGGGGUUGGAUGGCGUGUUGAAGCCGCCCAAGGUGUUUCAUUCUACGAUGAAGCCUGAGUUGUGGGUGGCUUUGAAGGAUAUACGGCGCUGA